UUUGCAUUUGAACGAAGAAGCAUGCUUUCACGGAGGUGACCUUGUGUUGAAACAGUAACGUAAUAAGGCUUCCAAUCUUGUAAUAACAUUCUGUAUGUAAUUGGUGUGGCUGUUAUUCAGCUGUGCAUCGUAGCUAAACGUUAUCUUCUAACAGUUAGAAUUGAGCUUAAAUAGCCACGCUACUGAGAGUAACAUUUGAGAUGGCAGAGGCACAUCAAGCUCGUGUACAGAAAACCAUAGAGGAUAUGGUUCAAAGCUUAGAACGGAACCACAUUCGCAAGAUGCAAGGUCUCAUGUUUAAGUGCAGUGCAGAGUGCUGCGAACGCUCCACAGACUCCAUGUCGCAGGUGCACAAUUGUAUUGAACGCUGCCACACCCCUCUGGCUCAGGCCCAAGGACUAGUGACCAAUGAACUAGAGAAAUUUCAGGACCGGCUGACCAGGUGCACCAUGCACUGCAAUGACAAGGCCAGGGACCUGUUGGACUCUGGUGCCAAGGAGCCAGCCGUGCGGUCCCUGAUGGAGAACUGUGUGGGCAGCUGUGUGGACGACCACGUCAACCUGAUACCCAGCAUGACACACAGACUCAAAGAGAACCUGAACUCUAUUCCACAGUGAGAAGGGGAGAGGGUACAGCAGAUGCACGAGACAUCUUGGACUCCAUACUACAGUGACAAAGGGGUUCAUAAAGUUUACUCUCCGACUCUAAUAACAGCGAAGAAGUCUAAACAGUUAGAAAUGCAGUGUUUCCCCUAUAUGCAUUUUUUUAUAAUAGAUGUAAGCCCCAGGAAGACCCCAUUCGUCCCCCACACACAUACUACCUCUGCUGAAAAACAUCCUAGGGGAAACACUGAAAUGGCAGAUCCAAUACCUCGGUGAGGGAAAGGAAAGGGGUUCAUGUGGGGUUUACAGCUGGCAAGGAUGAGAUUUGAGUCCUGGUAAAAGAUUAGUCCAUGCUGUCGGGGAGAUACCUCUGCUUAAUCAGAAGAGACUACAGAUCCCUUGCAAACUGGCUGGCCUACAUGUUUCUGUGUGGAACACUUACUGUUUAUUGGUUGAACCUAAAGACCAGAGAUAGGCCAGAUGAAUUUACUCAGCAGGCCUGUGCCAUUACAGAAUUGUCUAACAUCAAAAUACAGCAAAAUGUGAACUGUGUGAGGGUGAUUUAUUACAUGUCUUGAUAGCCUAUCUGUUGUAUGAUUUUAGUCUUUAUUCUGCCUCAGUGACUGCUCUUAAUAUCUGCAACCUGUUCUGUGAUUCUUUCCCUCUGUUUUUAUAAACAUUUAAACAAUG